AUGCGGAAUUACACGAACAGUCGUGCCUGGCAAAUGGACGACAUCUCCGCGCAACCGGACAAUUACACAAUAGAGGAAGACAUUUGCGACCGUCACUUUUUAGAUAACGUGUCUCAAAAUUCUCAGAGUAGAUAUACAGUCAAGCUUUCAAUCAAAGGGCAAAUGUUAAAUAACAUUGGCGAUUCGCGUGAGUCUGCUCUCAAGCGAUUGAGGGGCAUCGAGAGACGUUUCAAGCGCAAUCCUACGCUUAAAAUUCAAUAUGCGGCGUCUCUCGACGAAUAUUUAUCGCUGGGACACAUGCGACGCAUGGAGCCACCCAUUGCGGAAGAAACAAUAUCAUUUUAUCUUCUCCACCAUUGCGUCUUCAAAACGGUCAGGCAAGCGUCGAAAAUCCGUAUUGUAUUCGAUGCAUCUUGCCACAGCAGUUCCGGCAUAUCGUUAAACGAUGCGCUUCUAGUGAAACCUACCAUUCAAUAA